AUGCUCCGUAGCCACACUGUAUGUUCUCCGCUGGAGCCACCGGUGGUCGGAUUUUCAACCCCUAAGUCCCAGCCUUGUGUGGGAAACACAGGUAGUGUGAGUGGUGUGAGUGGUGUGAGUGGUACAAAUGGUGCUGAUGUUGCUGAUGGUAUGGUUGUUGCUGGUCCAAUGGAUGGUGUAGCUGCUGCAGCUGCCAAUGUGGGUAGUAGGAAUGGCUUGGAUACCCCAGUAAAUGUCUCUGCCGGUGUGGCUGCCAAUGUGGGGAGUGGGUAUGGGGUGGAUAUUGCCGUGACGCCUACUGCCUGUGUUGCUGGUGACGCUGAUGGUGCUAAACCUGUUAUUGAUGUGGAUGGUAUGGCUGGUGUGGCUGGUGUUGCUGGUGUUUCUGGUGCUGCUAUUGUUGCUGGUCUUUCUGGUAUUGCUGCCGCGCCUGGGGUGGCUGGGCUGACAUCCUCUCCAGACUGCUCUCCCAAACCAAUCUCGACCAUCCCUCGGCGCAGGGUGAGGCGAUCCCAGUCCCAUGACCAGGAACCAAUGGGAGCUGGGCAGCUGGCCACACAGAGACGUGAGGUGUUGAUGCCUUGGAGCAUCAUGCCUUUAAGGAAAUCAAUGGCUACGAGACUGGCGGUGCUGGCAGCAGUGAAGGAGAUGUUGUAA